AUGCGCACUUGUUUUCUGUUAUUAUUGUUAACAACAUUAGUAACAAGUUUCGAUCGUCGAUAUCAACAACAUUCGUCCAUACUGCGACAACUUCAAGAUCUAUUGGAAGCUGACGAUGAAGCAGAAUUUCAAGUACGACAUCGAAGUGAUCGGCGAAUGUCCGAUGAUGAUGAAAAGGAACAGUAUAUGGAAAUUCGUGCAAGUGUUGGAUCAAAUGAUACAAAUACAGAGAUCACUCUCCAAAAUCGUGCAGCUAUGAAUACACGUCUUCGUGUUCUCUAUACAGACAAAGAUGGUAGACCAGCCAUUGCUGAAACUGGUCGAUUGUGGGCUGGUCAAACAAAGUCCGUUCAACUUCCUGCUGGCGCAACAAACAUCAACAUUAUUGUUGAGAAAGAUAUAUUUUUCGAAACGUGGCGUCAAGCCUACAAAGGUACUUUAACCAACGGCAAUCAAUGUAUACGUAUUGUUGGUGUCACACUCUUUUCCAAAAUUCAUCCAUGCAAAUAA